UGAAUGCUGUGUCAGUCAGUCAGUCAUUCAGAGAGUGAGCACUAGUAGUACACACACACACACACACACACUGUAGUGUAUUGACGGCACAGUUUGUAUUUAUGUGUAUAUAUGUGUGACUGACUGCCUGUUCAACAGUACAGUUGACAUCUCCCGCAGCUAAUAAAAGUUGUGAUUAACCGGAUUUGUGGUUACCAUCAGAUGGUAUGGCAGAAGGAGAUUCAAUUGAGCAAAAGUCUGAGGCAUCGACAGUUGAUGUGAUGCAAGAAAAUGGACCGAAAAGCAAGAAACGAAAGCCCCGGUCGGCCACUAAUUUGAGCUCAAAAGAGACUUCUUGUAAAGUGAUUCUACUCGACGGCAGUGAAUACGAGAGUCACGUCAAUCGGCGAACCAAAGGUGGCGAACUGUUUGACAAAAUAUGUGAUGAACUGAAUCUUCUGGAGAAGGAUUACUUUGGCCUUUCAUAUCGUGAUCACGAAGAAUCACGGAAUUGGCUUAACUUAGAUAAACGUAUAGAAAAACAAAUUAAAAAUCUGCCAUGGAUCUUCAAUUUUGAAGUCAAAUUUUAUCCACCCGACCCGACACAGCUCCAGGAGGACAUAACAAGAUAUUUAUUAUGUCUGCAAAUACGAAACGACAUACUAAUUGGUCGUCUUCCCUGUUCAUUUGUAACCCAUGCUAUGUUGGGCUCGUAUUUGGCACAAUCGGAACUGGGCGACUACGAGCCCGACGAACACGGCAACAAUUAUCUAUCGGAAUUCCGAUUUGCACCCAACCAGACACACGAGUUGGAAGAAAAAGUCUGCGAACUACAUAAACAACAUCGGGGACAGACAUCAGCCGAAUCGGAGAUGCAAUAUCUGGAGAAUGCCAAAAAGUUGGCCAUGUAUGGCGUGGAUCUGCAUCCGGCUAAAGAUUCGGCCGGUGUCGACAUUAUGAUGGGUGUAUGUGCUUCCGGUCUACUUGUCUAUCGGGAUCGGCUCCGAAUCAAUCGGUUUGCGUGGCCGAAGAUACUUAAGAUAUCAUACAAGCGAAACAAUUUCUACAUUAAAAUUCGGCCUGGUGAAUUUGAACAAUACGAAUCGACUAUCGGCUUCAAACUGGCCAAUCAUAAAGCGGCCAAACGACUCUGGAAGACCUGUGUCGAACACCACACCUUUUUUAGACUCAUGUCACCGGAGCCGCCGCCAAAACAAAGCCUAUUUUUGCCACGUUUUGGAUCGAAAUUCCGUUACUCUGGCAAAACUCAUUACCAAACCCGGAUGUCCAGUGCACUCAUCGAUCGACCAGCUCUUCAUUUUCAGCGAACGCUAAGCAAUAGACGAUUAACAUCAAGAAGUGUUGACGGAGUAUUGGGUUUUGAGAGAUAUAGACCUCCUGUAGCUGAUCAUAGACCGGAUGAAACAAAAAUCCGUAGCGUUUCAGGUCCGCCGCGACCAUAUGAUUCAGAUCGUUCGAGUCGCGAUGAAAAGGUUCGCUCGGGAACCGGUAUCUCAUCGACAACAGCUACGACACCCGAAAGUAUUGGCGGUAAGACUCCGUCACUUGUUUCAGAUGGCGAAGAAUCUGAACGACGUCAUCAUCGACGACCAAUCGGCGGCGUUGCUGUAUUGCCACCGAUGGAAAUGAAACGCAUUGAAGAACAGCGAAAGAGUCCAAUCGAUAGGCCAUUAAGCAAAAGUCCUGAGAUUCUAUACGAAGAAGAGCGGUCAACAAAACCGCCGGUAAUAUCGCCUAAAACAACUGUCACUUCCCAUAAAAGUAGAGUUACUCCCACUAAACGAGAAGAAUUUUUUAACGAAGCAAACAAAGCUGAAAGUCCAUUGACAAGUACUCCGAAGAGUAGAUCAUCGCAAGGGUUUGACCUAAAACCGGUCGGUUCUGCAUUUGUUAAGGAAUAUACUUACGUUACCGAUGAAGACGGUGACAAUCGGCGUCCAUACAGUCCACGAGAUCAUGGUUUUUCAUAUUCUACUGAUCGAAAGUCGGCAGACAUGUCUCCCAUUGCCAGAGGAGAGGACCUGCCGUCGCCUACUAGCAAACGUAUGACAGGACUAGCAUUUACUUAUAGACCGCCCGAUAAAGAUGUGGUAGAUCAGCGUUCGCCGACCAGCGAGACGACUAAGUCUCCGCCACAAACCAAAGUUAGACAAGAAGUGCCUUCACGAGACGCGACAGCUGUUGAGCGCACAAAAAUGCAAAUGCGUGACAAAGGUCUGCCAAUUGGCCAGACAAUGGUUACGACUGCUCCCAAACAAUCAAAACUUCCCACAAAACUAUCGCCUACUUUAGUAGUCCUGGAAGAUGACGAUAAACAGCGAAAAUCAAAAGAUAGAUCAGGCAUUCCAACAAAAACCAAAUCACCCAAAACAACACCGACGUCACCGAAAACUAUGACGGAAACCGGCAGAACUUCCCGUCAAUCAAAAGACUCGAAACUAGAGUCAAGUUCCAGUGAGGGGUCAGUUACUUCCGGCAGUUCUAUGGAUGAGUACGACAAGGAAACAAUUAAACACGACCCGACCAUUACGGCUACACCAGUGAAAACUGCUAUCAAAUCGGCUAUUAAAUCACCGGACAGAAUGAUAGUGUCAUCACCAGAAAAAGGUCGUUUGGUUAGCACACAAAUGUCUGGUCCAAAGAUAACCCACGCCAGCCGUAAAAGAGUUGUGACCAAUGCUGACGGAACUGUCGAAGAAAUGGAAGAAGUGCUCGAACCGGACGCUUUGGGCGCGUUGUCGGCCGCAUCCAAACCGGUAAUUAUUGGUGUCGUGCCCUCCGCUGCCACUAAAUCUCGUACUUCAACUUCAGAAUCGAUUUCUGAAAAGUCUAAACGAACUUCACAGCGAUUACCGCAUCAAACGGGUCAUCCCAUACACGAGUCUUCAAAAGUUGCCUCAUCUUCGAUAUCAUCGGUAACCAAAAAGCAUGAAGAAGGACACGAAAGGGGACUGCAUUCGACAAAAAAGACAAGUACUACCAUUGAAGAAGAAAAGUCGUUGUCGAAGCACAUCUCGCAAAGCACUAGACUUGUCGGCAGUGGCGGCGGCGGACCAGCCGAUGAUGUUCAUCAACCCAUUAUUAAGACUGAAAAGAUCAAAUAUAGCCCAAGUGCUCAACAAAGUCCACUCCCAACCAAAUCUGUUCCUGUUAUUGCUACCGAAACUAGAAAAGUGGCCUACACUGAGACACGGCCAUCAAAGCAUACUCAAGAUUCACAGCCACCAAUGACAACGGCUACACCACCGCCGCCGCCACAGUUUGCUAACGACACAAGUCCUGGUACUUCACCGACCAAUGGAUCGGCUGCGUCACCGGUAGGCAAUGUGGUCAGUUCGCAGACAAUUUCAUCGAAAACAAGAACCGUUGAGACGGUUACGUAUAAAAUGGAAAAGGAUGGCGUAGUCGAGACCCGAGUCGAGCAAAAAAUAACGAUUCAAAGUGAUGGCGAUCCCAUCGAUCACGACCGGGCACUGGCAGAUGCCAUACAAGAGGCAACUAUGAUGAAUCCGGAUAUGACUGUCGAAAAAAUUGAAAUUCAACAACAAUCGUCAAUCCAGUGAUCCAUAUAAUAAGCCCAUAACCAUCGAUGACUACUAUUAUACUGUAAUAUCAUAAUAAUGAUGACUACCAUUUUGAGAGCAGCUUUUUAUUUGAGAGAAAAAAAAUUAUAUAUAUAUAU